AAACUGUGCUUUCCUUUUAGAAAUUACAGGAUUUCUCUUCAUAAAAGCCUUUAGCCAGUCUUUACCAGCAAUUUUUGAAGUUGUAUUAAAUUGAUGAGCAAUUUUAUUAUCUUAGCAGAAUCUGAAUACCAAUCGACAAAGGAUCCGUGGAGGCACAGGUCUAUAUCCAAUAUUCCCCCCAAAAUGUUCAAACUCACCCUUUUGAUUGUCGUAUCAGCCACCUUAGCUUACGCAGCACCAGGGUUCCACUAUCCAGAACCAAUUUUCAAACCACUAGUGCUGCCCUCACCAAAAAUCGUGGAAGUACCCGUCAUCACCAAGAAAAUCGUACCAGUGGUAACGCAAAAGGUGGUACCAGUAGUGUCUCAUAAGGUGGUACCUGUGGUCAGCUACACCAAAGAAAUUGUACCUAGCUUCGACUCUCAUCCUCACCAUUUUUAGAUUUAUUCACGAUUUUAUUAGGUCAUAAAAAUGAACAUUCUUGUAUGAAUUUUUUCAUUAUUUCUUAACUAUUUUAAAAAUAAAGAUUGAUUGAAAAUGAGUCAAUGCCAAAAAAAAAGUUCCAAGUUUCAAUUCUCAUCAUCAUCAUAAUUUUUAGAUUGCUUCAUUGUUAGAAAUGUAUUUGCUUUGGGUAAUAAAAAGGGGCAUUCGUGUAUAA